AUGGCGAACGCGUCGUUGACGUCCGCGCGGUGGGCGAUCGGGAGGGACGGUGGACGACGAGGACGCGGGAAACGCGGGAGACGCGAGACGCGGGCGCGGGCGCGGGCGCGGGAGUUCGUCGCGUUGGGGGAAGAGACGAGAGAUAACGCGUCGACGGUGAUUCGGAGAGCGUGCGCGGCGCUCCGGACGCGGUGUUUCUACGAGUACGACGCGGAAGAGGGAUUGAUUUUUGAUUUCGGAUCGAGCGCGGGCGACGUCGACGCGUGCGUCGCCCGGGCGCGAGAACAGUGGUGGUCGGGACGGGUCACGAGCGAGUGCACGCGGGCGAGGCGUUUUGAGAUGGCGAGGAUGUUCGGCGUGCACACGUUCGCCGCGAUCGAGGGCGCGGGGGAUUGCGCGCGUUGGGACGCGUCGACGGGCGAACAUCCGGCGGACGCGGCGGCGCUUCGUUCGUGGACCGUCUUACCCGCGCGAUCGAACGACGCCGCCGACGCGAUCGUCGUCGGCACGCUCGACGUGCACUUCGGACGGUCGCUCCCUGGAGAGUUCUUGAUCGGCACGCGCCCGUCGCUGGGCGACGAUUCGGACGCGGACGCCGAAUCGCGGUUCGAUCCAGUCGCCGCGCUCAACCCGCCGCGAGCGUACGUCUUCAACGUCUGCGUCUCGCCCGAAAACCGCGGCCGAGGAAUCGCCGAAUUCAUGCUCAACGCCACCGCCGAUUGGCUCGCCGCGCACACCGACGCGCGGGCGGCGUACGUGCACGUCGAGCGCGACAACGUACCCGCCAGACGCGCGUACGAGAAAGCCGGCUUCGCCGCGGAGAGCGCCGAGACCGACGCGGAGGCGCUCGCGCGCGAGAGACCGCCCAGACUACUGCUCCAUCGCGAGAUUACGCGACGAUGA